CUCUUCCCAUAAAAGCCCGGUCGUUGCUCCUUUACUCCCAUUUAUCACACCCCGUUCCUCAUGCUGCACCACCACCAUCUGGGUCCGAGCCCACCGCUCAUCACGCGCACCGCUCCUUCAGGAGCGUGCUCUAGGAACUGGGUGGGCCGCUUUUCUGAACCCACCUCUUGUCUAGGCAAUGUACGGCAAGCGGAAGAUCAAAUGGAAGAGGAAGAGCUGCUCGAGGAGGAUGCAGUCUUUCUGAGUCUUGCUCCACCUGGUCAGCAGAGGGUGAGCCCAAACAAACAUGAACAACUCCACGCACGAGCUUUGCACAGCGGAAACUCGGACGAUGGUGUGACUAUUGCGCUGCAAAUAGGGGCGACAGGCGGAGCGGUGGAGGGGACAGUUGGGGUUAAUGGUGUGAGAGUGUUGGCGGAGGGGCAGUAUUGGAUCCCCUCCCCGGCGCAGAUCUUGGUUGGACCUACCCAGUUCGCCUGCAGCGUCUGUAACAAGAGCUUCAAUAGAUACAAUAACAUGCAGAUGCACAUGUGGGGGCACGGCUCAGAGUACAGGAAGGGUCCAGAGUCCCUACGUGGGGCAAAGCCUUCAUCACUGCUUAGGCUGCCUUGUUACUGCUGCGCGGAAGGGUGUCGGAACAACAUCCAACACCCCCGCUCCCGCCCCCUCAAAGACUUCCGAACCCUUCAGACCCAUUACAAGCGCAAGCACGGCGCAAAGCCCUUUGCCUGCCGCAAGUGCGGCAAACUAUUUGCUGUGCGCGGUGACUGGCGAACCCAUGAGAAGAACUGUGGGAAGCUCUGGUUCUGUAUCUGUGGCUCUGAUUUCAAACACAAGCGCUCACUUAAGGACCACAUUCGAGCAUUUGGGCCCAGCCACGCACCUCAUUCCAUCGACCACCUUCCUGCUAUCGUUCACCAUGAAGUGUAUGAAUAUGAUGAUCAGAAAGGGCCCUCCAUUGUUCACCAAGAAGAAGAAGAUGAUGAUGAUGAAAAAGAAGAUUAUGGCAAUGUCCAUGUGUGUUAUGAUGAGGAUGAUUAUUCGUGCUCAGGGACCUCCUCAUGCUGACUGUAAUGUUGAUUAUGUAAUGGGAAGAGUGGAUUAGGGUUCAAAAUUAAGUAAUCGGAAGGUGAUAGCUAACGUUCCAUUGAAAGGCAUUCGUUCCGUUUUGUACAACCUUUUCUCAUCUGGUUGACUUAUAUGUUUCACCGUUGCGCUCUCUCUCUAACUAUGUUUCACCCUUCCUCUCUCUCUUUCUCUCUCAACAUGCAACACCUUUGAGUUAUUGUAAUGCACCUACUUAUAUCUUGUAUCACAUACUUAUGUUAACUCUCUCUCUCCCUCAU